UUGAGAUUUAUUCUGGUUCGGGAGAGGUGUGUUGAGUGUUGUAGCUACAGAUAAGGUGGCAGCAUUUCAAUUAACAUGUGUCUUGCAAAAUGCACACCUCUCCACAAGUUUUUCGAAUUUAUUUAGAUUUUAUAACACACAGUGGACCGUGAAAUUUUGGGGAAGCAAAUGAUAACGGACGCAGAGCUCUUAUAGCUAGCCAUCUUCUGAAGAUUAUUAGCAGGGUCUCUCCUGUAAAUUCUUUCCUCUCGGAAUGUUCUCAAAAAAGCCCCAUGGGGAUGUCAAAAAAUCAACACAGAAAGUCUUGGAUCCAAAAAAGGAUGUCCUGACACGUCUGAAACACCUGCGAAUCGUAAUAGAGAACGCGGAGUCUGUGGACCUGAAGCACUUCUUUGACCAGAACUACUCCCACAUCUACUAUGUCUUUUUUGAGAACUUUGUCACCAUUGAGGUCAACCUGAAACAGAAAGGUCACAAAUCGCAAAGGGAAGAGCUGGACUCCAUUCUUUUCAUAUUUGAGAAAAUCCUGCAACUUCUACCGGAGCGCAUCCACCAACGAUGGCAGUUUCACAGCAUCGGUCUUAUUCUCAAGAAGCUGUUACACACAGGAAAUUCCUUAAAGAUCCGUCGGGAGGGCGUGCGUCUCUUCCUGCUGUGGAUGCAGGCGCUGCAGACCAACGCCCUGCCGGAGCAGCUGUGGAUCUUUGCCUGUCUCAUCCCCGGCUUCCCUGCACCCCAGUCGGAACACGGGCCCCGCACACUCGACAACCUCAUCAGCCCGCCGCUCUGCCUGCAGGAGACUCAAGUGGGUCCCGAGGAGAUCACGCCACUGGUUCCCCCGCAGUCGGGCGAUAAGGCCCAGGAGGACCUGACGGGCUACUUCCUGGAGGCCCUGCUGAAAUACAUGGUAAACCAGGCUAAGAGCCUGGAGUGGCGCUACAAGGAGAACCAUGAGAAGGGCUUCGCCUUCCUCUUCGCCAACUUCAAGAAGUACUACCUGCCCCACAUCUUCCCCAACUUCUCCAAGGAGACCAGCCUGUACAACCCCAUCCUGGAGGUACCCUCCCUGAGACCAAAGCCUUACUACACGGUGGUGAAGCGGGACCCGGACACCAACGAGGCGGUGUACUGCACCAAGGAGAGCUUCCUGAACGCCCGCGUCAUCUUCAUCCGCUGGCUGGUGUCCUUCUGGCUGGAGCCGCGCGCCAACGUCGCCACCCUCAUCCCCGGCGUGGAGGGAGAGAACGUGCCAAAGAACAUCCAGAGAGCAGCAGCAGGUCUGGCUGCGCGGAGCGAGGACAGUGGCGGCCCCCGGGGUCCCGACUCGCUGGACGGUGGUAUGGGCGGCGGAGGGCUGGGUGGCGGUGCGGAACCCGAGCAGUCGCACUCCAACACGAGCACGCUGACUGAACGCGAGCCCAGCUCGUCUAGCCUGUGCAGUGUGGACGAGGAGCACCUGACCGACAUCGAGGUGGUGCGCCGCGUCCUCUGCUCCUCGCGCACCAACGUCAACUUCAUCACUGAGAUCUUCCGACAGGCGUUCCUGUUGCCCAUGUGCGAGGCGGCGGCCAUGCGUAAGGUGGUGCGCGUCUACCAAGAGUGGAUCUCCCUGGAGGACAAGCCCGUGUUCAUGAGGGAGCCUGAGGAGGACCACCGGACGCACGCCGACUCCGCCAGUGACGGCACAGACAAGGACGAAGAGGAGAGGUCAAUGAAGGUGUCCAGUCACAGCAGGACUUCGAGCUGGUGCAGGAGUUCCCAGAGCAAUAUGCUGGAGUACAGCGUCCACGCUGGUGUGCAGUCGACACUGCAGGUCUUCAUCACUAACUCGUCUAACGUGUUUCUUCUGGAGCCGGCUAACGAGCUGAAGGUAUUGCUCGAGGAGCACGUGGACAUGUGCAAGCGCGUGCUCAACAUCUACCGCAGCCUCGUCAUGCACGAGACCAUGGACCAGAAGACAUGGGAGCAGAUCUUAUUGGUGUUGCUCCGGGUAACAGAGUGUGUGAUGAAGAGAGCCCCCUCUGUCACGCCGUCCGGCAAGAAGAAUCCCACUCUCUCUGGCCGGCUAGCAGGGGCCAUCUUCCAGACUCUGAUCGUGGCGUGGAUCAAAGGGAACCUGAACGUGUACAUCUCGCGCGAGCUGUGGGAUGACCUGCUGGCCGUUCUCUCCUCGCUCACCUGCUGGGAGGAGCUGGUCACUGAGUGGUCGCUCACCAUGGAGACGCUCACCAAGGUGCUGGCACGCCACCUCUACAGCCUGGACCUCAACGAGUUGCCCCUGGACAAACUCAGCGAGCAGAAGCAGAAGAAGCACAAGGGCAAAGGUGGCAUUAACGAGGGCCACAAGAUGGCGGUGGACCGCUCCUUCUCUAGGGGCUGGAGUCGUGACCCACCGGGUCAGGCCGCCAUGCGCCAGCGCAGUGCCACCACAGCUGGGUCGCCCGGCAUCGAGAAGGCCCGCAGCAUCGUGCGGCAGAAGACCGUGGCCCUGCGGAGCUGCUCCACGGGUGACAGCUUGUCGUUUAUCCGCAGCGCUAAAAGUGCUCCUGUCCUGAUCCAUCCUGUCCACCCUCUCCUGCCUGACUCUGUCCUCACCCCCCUAGCAGACGAGCUGUCAGAUAUGGAGGACCCCCCAUUGGCCCCGCGAGGGCCCCGCUUGCGGCACAGCUCCCAGAGCGAGGACGCGGCGCCGGUGUCCCUCAGCUCCGAGGUGUUCGGCGCGUCGGUGGAGGCCGACUUGACCCCUCCGGGCAGCGGUGUCGGUGGUGCCGUCGGAGCUCUGCCACCUCUCCCCCGCAGCUCCAGCGCCUCUGACAUCAUGGAGCCCUUCAUCGCAGAGCGCGCCAAAGCCAACAAAGAAGAUCUAGCUCCGAAGAUGCGUCCGGUGUCGAGUGACGCGGGCAGCAACAGCAACAGCAACCCCAACUUCAGCGACCUCAUGGACGAGUUCAUCCAGGAGCGCCUGCGAGCGCCCCGAGGCAACUCUCAGGGCAUGACUCGGCGUGGCAGUAGUCCAGGCAGUCUGGAGAUCCCCAAAGACCUGCCCGAGCUGCUGACGCGGCCAAGCGCCACGCGACCCGCUGACGACCCUGGCGUGCCUUCCGAGUGGACCUCGCCGGCCAGUGCCAGUGGCAGUGACCUCAUCAGCUCUGACAGCCAAUCAGACUCCUUUAACGCCUUCCAGUAUGACGGCAAGUUUGAUAAUUUCAGUUUCGGGGCGGAUGCAGCUGCCGGCUCCCUGGACAGGGACAGUCUGGGCGGCAUCCCCCAGACGGCGGAGGAGCAGGAGCUGUCCAGCCUCACCACGCUGCACAUCGACUCGGACACCAGCAGCCAGCAGGGUGUCUCUGCCGACACCGUCACCAUCACAGGCUCGGAGGGCGCCUCUCCUAUGCACUCCCUGGGCUGCUCCCGCUCGCAGACGCCCUCCCCAGCCACCCUCACCGCCGAGCAUACCGAACACAAGGACCUGCAGCUAGACGAGAAGCUCCACCACUCUGUGCUGCAGACUCCUGAUGACCUUGAGACGAGUGAGUUUCCCAAUGAGGACUGCAGUGUGAUGGCCGGCGGCUCUCUGACCGGUUGGCACUCGGAUGUCGCCACAGUGAUGUGGCGGAGGAUGCUGGGUAUCCUGGGAGAUGUGAACUCCAUCAAAGACCCCGAGAUCCACGCUCAGGUGUUUGACUACUUGUGUGAGCUGUGGCAGAACCUGGCCAAGAUCAGAGACAACCUGGGCAUCUCCAUGGACAACCAGUCCUCCCCACCUCCCCCAGACCUCAUCCCACCCCUCCGUAUCCUGACCCCGUGGCUCUUCAAGGCCACUAUGCUGACUGAGCGGUACAGCAGGGGCAAGCUGCACGCCUACAAGCUGAUCUGCAAGAUCAUGAAGAGGAGGCAGGACGUCUCGCCCAACUCUGACUUCCUCACACACUUUUACAACAUCAUGCACUGCGGCCUGCUGCAUGUCGACCAGGACAUUGUGAACACCAUCAUAAAGCACUGCUCCCCGCGUUUCUUCUCCAUCGGUCUCCCCGGGGCCACCAUGCUCACGCUGGACUUCAUCGUGGCCGCCAGCAGGGUGACCGCCUGCUCCUCGCUCAAUGCUCCUCGUGUGGAGGCGCAGAUCCUGCUGGGAUCCCUGGUGUGCUUCCCCAACCUCUACGAGGAGCUGCCUGCGCUGCACCCCACCACAGCGGACGUCGUCAUGACCAAGUUCAGGGACGUCAAGGAGCACAUCAUUAAACACAUUCUGAACUCUGCCAAAGAUGAGCCCUCAGCCCCUGCCAGGUGUGUGGCGCUCUGCAGCCUGGGCAUCUGGUUGUGUGAGGAGUUGGUCCACGGCACAAGACACCCGCAGAUCAAAGAGGCCCUCAACGUCAUUUGUGUCACACUCAAGUUCCCAAAUAAAACCGUGGCCCUGGUUGCCUCAGAUAUUCUGCACCUGCUCAUCAACUAUGUGGAUCACCUGCAGAAAUUCCCUCCUGACACCCCAAAGAAAAUAGUUGAGAUCCUCAUAGCCACCAUCACCUACCUGCUCCCCACCACAGAGUCCUCCCCACAUGAGCUGGACAAAAGGCUGGUGGUGUCGCUGCUGCUGUGCCUGCUGGACUGGGUGAUGGCACUGCCCCCCAAGACCCUCCUGCAGCCCAUCCAGACCCUCACGCCAGACAAGGACCGCGGAGAGAAGUCCGUCCUCAGCUGCAUCUAUAAGGUUCUGCACGGCUGUGUGUACGGGGCGCAGAGCUUCAGUAACCCCCGCUACUUUCCCAUCAACCUGUCUGACCUCAGUAGCGCCGACUACGACCCCUUCCUGCUGCUGGAGAGCCUGAAGGAGCCCGAGCCACUGCAUUCACCCGACUCCGAGCGCUCGUCCAAGCUGCAGCCCGUCACCGAGGUUCGCAGCCGCAUGCAGACGGGCCUGAUCUCCGUGGCGGCCCGCACGGUCAUCUCGCACCUGGUCAACCACAUGGGCCACUACCCCACGAGCGGUGGGCCGGCCACACUGACCAGCCACGUGUGCGAAAACCACGACAACCCCUACAGCGAGAGCCCAGACCUGGCCACGGAGCUCUUCGACGCGCCCAACCUGCAGUUCUUCGCACUCAACAGCUCCACGCUGCUCUCGUGCCUCCAGAUCCGUGCCGAGGACGGGCUGCCCGGCGGCGGCAUGUCGGCCGGUCUGACCACCACGAGCGCCUGCGUGCGCGUCAUCGUGCGCGACAUCUCCGGCAAGCACUCGUGGGACUCUGCCGUCCUCUACGGGCCGCCCCACUGCUGCGCAACGACCGGUCAGCAUCCGCCGACGGCGUCGCAGACGACGGCGACAACGACGACACAAGGAGACGGGCACAGGGAGAGGCGAGGAGUGGAGGAGGAUGAGCGAGGCGAGAGGAGGCUACAGGAGGAGGAAGAGGAGGAGGAGGAGGAGGAGGAAGAUGACCAAGAAGAGGAGGAAGAUGGCGAGGACUCGUUAGUGAUUGAUGACGCAGAGCUGGAAGAGGCGCUCCGACUGGCCGAGAAUGCCGGCGAGCGGUCAGACGAGGCGCCCGAGGGCGACGCGGAACCGGCAGCGGAGGAGGAGGAGGAGGAGGAGAGGAGGAGCAAGCGGCAGCAGGAGCAGAGCAACCACCACCACAACAACAACAACAACGCCAUCGAGGAGGGGCGGGGAGAGAACAACGUCGGCCACAAAGAGGAGGACGAAGAUGACGACGAAGAUGACGACGACGACGACGAGGGUCGCCUGGGCCUGACGGGUCCGCGGGCCAAGCGCCGCUGCCGCGACGAGGCCUUCCCGCAGUGGGACGCCCUGCGCGAGGACGAAGGCUCGGACGCGCUGGACGAGAUGCUCUGCUACCUGGGCGUGUCCAGCCCCGAGUGCCUGCAGCGGGCCGGCGCCCCGCUCAACAUCCCGGCGCCGCCGCCGGCCUGCGUGUCCGAGAAGCAGGAGAACGACGUCAUCAACGCCAUCCUCAAGCAGUGCGCCCACGAGCGGGAGUUCGGCGCGCACCGCGGCAACGAGCUGAACAUGCGGGCGUCGCAGCAGGGCCAGCCGGGGCCCCAGCGGCCACAGAGCGCCUUCUACUACUGCCGCAUGCUGCUCAACAUCCUGGGCAUGAACUCCUGGGAGAAGAGGAGCAGCUUCCACCUGCUGAAGAAGAAUGAGAAACUGCUGCGAGAGCUGAAGAAUCUGGACUCCAGACAGUGCCGUGAGACACAUAAGAUAGCGGUGUUCUAUGUGGCGGAGGGACAGGAGGACAAGCACUCCAUCCUGUGCAACACCAGCGGCAGCCAGGCCUACGAGGACUUUGUGUCCGGCCUGGGCUGGGAGGUGAACCUGACAAGUCACUGUGGCUUCAUGGGCGGCCUGCAAAGAAACCGGAGCACGGGACUGACCAUGCCCUACUUCGCCACCUCCACCGUGGAGGUCAUGUUCCACGUGUCCACGCGCAUGCCCCCCGACUCAGACGAUUCGCUCACCAAGAAGCUGAGGCACCUGGGGAAUGACGAGGUGCACAUUGUGUGGUCGGAGCACUCGCGAGACUACCGGAGAGGCAUCAUCCCCACUGAGUUUGGUGACGUCCUCAUCAUCAUCUACCCCAUGAAGAACCACAUGUACAGCAUCCAAAUCAUCAAGAAACCAGAGGUGCCCUUCUUUGGGCCCCUGUUUGACGGGGCCAUAGUGGACAGUAAGAUCCUGCCCACAGUGGUCAGAGCGACAGCACUCAACGCCAGCCGAGCUCUCAAGUCUCUCAUCCCACUCUACCAGAAUUUCUACGAGGAAAGAGCCCGUUACCUAGAAACCAUUGUCCAGCAUCACCUGGAGCCGACCACCUUUGAGGACUAUGCAGCCCGUGUUUUCUGCCCCGCUCCUAACCACCACCUCUCCUCCGAAGCAGGCUCAUGCCACGAGACUCCGUCGGCCGAAAGCCCAGCAGCAAUGGGGGCGGUGGCAGUGGGGGGAGACGGGAGCGACUCAGCCUCGCCAAUGUCCCCUCGUACUAGCAAGAGCCGCAUGUCCAUGAAGCUGCGCCGCUCCUCCGGCUCGGCCAAUAAGACUUGACCCGACACCGACCCCGACCCCCACUGGACCCACCCACCCACCCGCCGCCACACGCUCAUCUGGAUCUGGCCACUGCCCACGUCACAUCACGCCUCUCCUCUCGCACGGCGGUCAUCUGACAGCAGGACAUCAGUUUGUUUCUCCUCUUCAUCUUUUCUUUUGGGGUUUGGGCAUCCUGGCCUUCUGGCCUUCCGACCCCCCCCCCCCCCCCCCCACCACCACCACCAUACCAAACACCUACUUGCCUGUGAUCUUUGUAGAGCUUGGACCUGUGCACCAUGCCACAGCUGUGCCCCUUGGUAGAAAGCCUAUGAAAGCUUUCUGCUGCUACCUUCACACACACACACACACACACACACACACACACGUGUAUGCCCAUGCCACGGAUACUGCUGCACUGGAGGACUAUGAACGAGGGGGAAUGUGGGAGGACAGUGCCUAGACUCUGCUUGUGCCCCAUGCAAAAAAAGUACAAAAUAAACAAGUAAACAAACAUGCAUAAAUAAAAACAACUUUUAAACUCUUUAAGGACACAGAGUACUGCAGCACUGAGCUGUAGAACCAUUGAAGAGGAGAAAAGACCAACAAGAGGAAACCCUUGAAAUGACGAUCGGGGCCUUUGAGCACGGAGGUGUUCACGUGCAGAGGGGAGGAAAAAGGGAAGGAAAGCGAGGUGACAUUCAUGCCAUUCCCUCGGUCACUUUGCCUGUUUGCUUUCAGAACUCUUGAUUCUUUGAGCCUCUGCUGUAAUUCCUGAUGCGAAUAAGAGAAGUACUCAGUGCAGUUAGCCAUGAUGCCAGUAAAGGUCAAAAGAAAUGGCAAAAAAUAAUAUUAUAUGAAACAAGUUUCUUCUAUGGUUACUGUUGUAUCCACCAUGGAACAUGCUAGAAAUCCACUCAUGUGUAUACUUAUACAUAUAUAUGUAUGUAUUUGUACUGUAUAAUUGAAGCCUGCUUUGUUUACAGUUUGCAGAGAUGCUGGCCAAUAUUGGGCAGUAGAGCCUUCCUUUAAAUUUGGCUGGAGAAAAUUGUUAUGCCCAGAGUUAUGUUUGUGAAUGAGAAAAGAAAGCACUUCCUCCUGUUACAUUUAUGUUUUCAUGUUUUGUUAUUUCUUUUCCACACUAGUUGUGGAGCUAAUAUUUUGAAUUGUUUUCACUACUGUUCACAUAUGGUUAUGGUCAAGAUUGUUAAAUCAGUUUUCACCUGAUUUAGAAUGUUACUGAAACAUUGUUACUACAUAAUCUAUUUCAACCACAACACCACUUUUCACCAGUAACAGAACACGUGUAUAUAUUAUAAAUAUGAAUAUAUACAUAUUUAAUGUAUGUGUAUAGUGUAUGAACAGUAUCUGGUCUGUGUAUAUAGUUACCAAUAUUUAAAUCAGCCAAAAAUGAACAGAAACUAACACGGAGCCGUUCAGAACAUCUGAGGGGUGAUGAUUUUUAGGGCGAUUUUAAGCGCUCAGUGGCAGCGAUUGUCUGGUCUUGCUGCAACGCUCUCUGUCGCUGAAGUUACCCUCUACACUUUCCCUGUCUGCUGGUUUAGGUCGCAUUAUCGGCGGCACCAUGAGUGUAGUUAAUAGUCUGAAAAUGCCAUCGUUAAAAUGAGGAGCACUGCUCCAUUUAGUGAUGCCUGAAUGACAGAUUGGCCAAAGAGUUUUUACAUACAACUGCUACAACAGACUUAACAUAGCCACAACGCAGCCUAACCUUUUUCUCCACAAUGUGAUUGGCCAGGCAGGGAAAGUGUAGGGGGUCAACGCUAAGAUAGUAUAGCCUUUUUUUUUUUUACCUGAGAACAAUUACGCCCUGUCGCCAAAUUACAGUACGUGUUCAGCCAACACUAUAUUCAUUCGCAUUUUUGUUAUAAUAAUGAACUUAGGAUUGUUUUGAUGCUCAGCCUAUGUCUUCGCGGAGUUAUAGUUGUUUUGACGGAGAUGAAAGGGAUUGCGUUAAAGACGAUAUCAGGGUGAUGCUGUUAUUAUGAUAGGCUACUCUUAUAACAGCAGUGACCGCUACUGGCAUGUUUGAAGUCAACUCCAUGCAAGUCAUACUCCGUUUUUGCUUUGUUGUCUCUCACUGAAUAGGUCAGGCUUACAUUAGGUCAAUCAGUAUGUUUAUUCAAAGCAUUGUUUUUGUCAGACAACGAACUAUGCGAAAUUUUAGGACUUGACAGAGGCCCAAUUGAGACCUCACUGUGCUGGAGCGCGACCUGCGUCCCUACCCCUUGCACGAGUGACUGAGACCGGUGCCUGUUGUAAAACUGAGGGCGAAACAGAAAUGCCUUUGAAGGUUAUGAUGUACGUUACUACUGACCAAAGGCUGCAUGACACCAGUACUAACUGCAUGUGUUGACAUAACAGCUUCACAACACAAACCACGCACGCACGCACACACGCACAUACGCCAGUCUGUAAUAUUGUCAUACUUGUAGUAUCUAUACAGUAAUGGUUAUGAAAGACGGAGACACGGAUGUGCAAUUGAACAUGAAAAUAAAGGUGUUCAUAUCACAGACUUUAA